AUGGACCCUCUCACAGCGUUCUCUCUCGCUGGGACUGUCAUCCAAUUUGUGGAUUUCGGAACCAAAUUGAUCUUGGGAGCCCGGGAUCUUUAUAAAUCUACGUCUGGAUCGCUAUCAGUAAAUGAAGAACUGGAGCUCGUUAUUUCAGACCUUCGAGAUGUCCUCUUCAAGAUUGAACCCCCAACUCUAAGAAUUUAUGACUUUUCUUGCACUCCCGUCUCCAAGGAGCAAGAUUUUGAGGAAGGCUUCAUACCAGUGCUGGAUAGUGCCAGAGCUUUAACCUUGGAACUUCUACGGAGGCUUGAAAGCUUGAAAAUCAAUGAGAAUCUCAGAGGCCCUCACCGAGCAUGGAGCAGUCUUUUCCAAGCAGUGAAAAGUGCGUGGAAUCAAGAUGAAUUGCAGGGCAUGAAUACCAAGUUGAGGGCAUUGAAGGAUACUCUGGACCAGAGGGUUCUGUAUUCGUUAAGGCAAAAUUUCGAUCUAUUCUCACUCAAAGUGACAGAAAGAUUUGACAAUCUCGAUCGACAGACGCAGUAUAUCAUCUCUGCUUUAGCUGCAAACAGUAGUUCUGCAGCAAACCGGCCCUCUAGUCUUGAGGAGACUUCCACAUUAACCAAGUUACUUUGCCGACUCGAGAUUAAUAAUAAUCAAGAACAUCGCCGAACCCGUGAGAUCAUUGCUAGCAUUGGUAAUCGACAGAUCGUGCCAAAUGUUGAAGUCCAGGCAAUUCCAUACGAUGAGGAAGUCAAGACCCGCAAAUUAGUCGGCAACAAGAUACUUGAAGAUUUGCAUUUUGCUACAAUGACGCAGCGUUUCGAGGAAGUUGCAGAGGCUUAUCAAAAGACCUUCGAUUGGAUAUUUGACAAGACCACAGACGAGCAACUGCCGUGGUCUAACUUUUCAGAGUGGCUCCAGCAUGGAGAAAGCGUAUACUGGGUGAAGGGGAAAGCAGGAUCUGGGAAAUCGACUCUAAUGAAGUUUAUAUAUGAAGAUCCCAGAACUCGUCACCUAUUGAGCGAAUGGUCCUCUGAGACUCCGCUCUACAUUGGCUCCUUCUUCUUCUGGGUUGCCGGGACUCGGGAGCAGAAGUCACAACAAGGCCUACUACGUGCGCUUUUAUUUGAAGUUCUCAACCAGCAACCGGACUUGAUACCUGUUGUAUUGCCUUCGUUAUGGUGUCGGACCUACACUAGUGUAGUGUCUGACAAAGCUGGCUUUGUGAAUGAGUCCUGGAGUUUACGAUCACUCAAGGAUUCUUUCAGGAUUCUGGUCAAUCAGGAGAUCGUACCUCUAAAGUUGUGCCUGUUCAUCGACGGCCUUGACGAGUUCGAUGGAGAUCAUGAGGAAGUCUCUGAGCUUUUCAAAGGCAUCACGUCCACGAAUGUCAAGGUGUGUGUUUCGAGCCGGCCAUGGGUUGUCUUUGAGGAAUGCUUUCGAGAUUUUCCAUGUUUGAAAUUGCAAGAUCUCUCACGACCAGACAUAGAACUGUACGUUCAACAAGUUCUGGCCGGUAAUAGCGCAUUCCAAAGAUUGGCCGCCCGUGAUCCUGUGUCGACUAUGGAGUUUAUACAGGAAAUCGUUGAAAAGGCUGACGGCGUAUUUCUAUGGGUAGUCCUUGUCGCCAGAUCUCUGCUGCAUGGGAUCCGAAAUCGCGACUCAAUGCCGGACUUGCAAUCACGACUACGUCGUGUGCCACGCGAGCUAGAGCCUCUGUAUGACCAUCUUCUUGACAUGAUUGAACCCGAAUAUCUCCCGUGGGCGUCGAAGGCUUUUCAGGUUUUAAGAAGAGCACAACAGCUUUCCAUUGAAGGCGAUGUUUUCACCUUCACGGACCAGGCUAAACGCGUCGGCGAGGAAAAAGAGAAGGCAGUUGAAGGAACAGUAACUGAAGACAGUGAGCACUCGUGGACGCUUUCCAUCCUAGGUUUGUGUUUGGCGAUGAACGACGAUCUAGAUCUCGUAAUAAUUCAAGCUUGGACGCCGUCACUUAUCUCAUCUCAUUGCGAUGAUACCGAGUUUCAGCUGACUGCUAGGUGUGCUGGGUUGGUAGAGGUGUGGCAUGCGAGGUCUCCGGGUCCUCAUUCUAAGAUACACUUUCUCCACCGAACGGCUCACGAUUACCUUUUGCAGCCCUCCGUUUGGGAAAACCUUCUCUCGUAUGCCUCUCCUUCUACAUUCAACCCGGACGUCUUUGUUGUUCGGUCUUACGUUCUCCAGCUGGGUCUAAAUCAAAUUCAUCAAGAUCAAUCCAGAUCGUGGGAAUGGGACAUCUCACUUGGUGCCAUCAUCCAUGCUCAUGAAGCUGAAAAGGCGAUUCUCCAAGUGCCAGCAGAAGUGCUGGAGUAUUUAGAUCGAAUGAUGCCAAGCAAGAAGCCUGCGUGGAUGGUGGGAAAGACACCCUGGAACCGAGGAUGGACCCAAGUACAGAAACUGCCAGAAGCCAAAUCCUUUUUGCCGAUUGCUGCCAUGUUCGGGUUGACAAGUUACCUGAGUAGCAAACCAGUGCAGACCAGAAACAGCUCACCUGGAGAUAAGACAUCCCUCCUGCAUUACGCUAUUCCGAGGGACUGGUCUCGCCGGCAUAUUACGGUGCCGCAAUACACAACCGUUGAGCUACUUCUCAACUCAGGCAACGACCCAAAUUUAGUGUACGAUCUGAAAAGCCCUUGGCAGCAAGCCUUGUCGUAUGCAAGAGGUCAGCUAAUCCGUGACGAUGCGUGGCCUGAGCAGGCUGAAGUGCUCAGAAUCCUGGCAUGUAUGCUAAAUGGUGGAGCAAAUCCACAGGUCAACAUCCAGGUUGAUGGCCAUUUGUACUCAGUACAACGUCUGAUAUAUGAUAUUAAAGAACAUAUGUGUAUGUCACUGGGUGACGACAUUCCCCCAGAGGUCAUGCAGCUUUCCAGGGCGCUGGAAACCACGUCAGCAUUGAGUUUGACUGGAUCAUCGAAAGCAAAGUACCGUGAUGACUUGAAGCAAUCAAAGAGGAAGCAACUGACCUCUUGGAUGAAAGGAUUUAGAUCAUGA